AUUGGACCACGGUCGACUGGAUGCUGAACGGAGGGGCUUACCCCACUACGAAGUGAGCCAUUGCACGCUUAGCGAUCGAGAGACGCGACUCACGCAUUGUUAUUGCGACAGUAGACCCCAACGCUACGAUGACGGCCCCAAUGCCCUCCUUGUAUCAACGCGAGCUACCUGAUUCGCAAGAGUCGUACAUCUCCGCAGCCUCAAGCACCUUCUCCGCGCCUCGAUUGCCGUCGGCCUCAAGUAACCUCUCGACAUCAACUGCUGGAGACACCGAGAUUACAUCUCCGCCUUUGUCCAAGACUCCGUCGGCUCAGAAGACGUCUAUAGUGCAUGCGUUUCCACCAUCACCGGAUCGACCCCGCGGGCCAGACACGCUACGGAUUGAUGCCGCGAACGCGCCGCGAACUGGUGACACAGCAGCCAGUCCCAUGUCGCUGGAUUCCCCAGCAAUGCAGGGUCUCAAGAGAGCAGCCGAUGGAUCAGUAAAGGGUUCCGAAAUAAUAAAUGAGUCUCCUACCGCGCCCACCAUGGGUCAUAAACGCAAUAAGAGCAUGGAGGCCGGUUCAAGUGGUCGCAUUGGUCAGUUGUCGGCACAGCUCAAAACGCGUCUUUCGUAUGCAAUGGUCAAAGUACAGAACAAUUGGGAGAAACAGUCCAUUGACGAACUUGAAGAGAGGAUUUCGCAGCAAGGGUCACCUAACUCCGUCGCCAACAGAACGCCCGGAUCUCGACCGGCGUUUGCAUCACCCACAACAGCAGAACGCCGCAGAAGACCCAGCGGUGUUUCUGAAAACUCCGACCACAUGAUGAUAUCCCCGGGCCAGAGGACACCAUCAGAUCCUUCCAGAUCUUAUGCAUCGACGCCUUCCUCGCUUUGGCGACCUGGAACCAAACCUACCUUAAAUGCUGCGGUCAACCUCAUUUCCGUCACUGGUGCAAACACCGGUCUAAUGCUCGGUCCAGCACCAGAGUUUGAGUCUCGAAGAAAGCGUCGCUCGAGUGCUUCUUUUCAUGCUCCACCUCUGCUCGGCUCGUCGCAGCGAAAACACUUCAGUGACCUAGGUGCCGGCCUCCGAACGCCCGCGACCCCCAGGCCAGGCAUUCUGCGCAUGCCCAGUCAACAAGCCGAGAAAGAUGCCGUAGAUACCCUUCUCUUCAUGAGCAGUCCAAACAACUCCGGUCGUUUACCACACACUAGUGCAGAUGCUCGAGCUGCGAGGCAUGACUUCGAACAUCCACAACGACGAGUCAUGUUUGAGAACUUCCCAUCGACGGAGAGGCCAGCUGGUCAUCUGCAUAGUUCAGCACCAAGCAGCCAAUCCACAGCGUACUACCGUGCCGAACCUUCGCGGUAGUACCUACUACGCAUAGUGGGUCGCCUGCGCGUUUUAUGUCUCGACACUGUGGUGAUCUACUCCCCGGGGAGUGAAAAAGUCUCCGGGCAGUACCAUCUUCAGGGUAUUAUAUGUUUUGGUAUAACCGCACUGCAACAUGUCUACACUCGCAUUUCGAUCGCUCGGCACCAUUGCCGGUGGCAGAAUCAUUCCUUUUAGCCCGC